AUGAUCAACUUGAGUAAUAAGGGACUUGAUAUGAUACUAGAAUUGUUGAUAAAGGUUUUACUAAAAGGUAACUUGGUUCCGAUGUCAACUUAUGAAGUAAAGAAGAUAUUACGUGACUUGGGCAUGCCAUACGAGCAUAUAGAUGCAUGCAAAAAUGAUUGUGCACUAUUCUGGAAGGAAAAUGAAAAUCCUGAUAAAUGUCUGGUGUGUGAGGAGCCUAGGUACAAGGAUUCACAUGCCCAAGGAAAUGAGAUUGAUAUUUACUUGAAACCAUUGAUUGACAAGUUGAAGGAGUUGUGGGAAGAAGGUGCAGAAACUUAUGAUGCCUAUAGUAAAGAGCAUUUCCAGAUGUGUUAUGGAUUUGGUAACGUGUCUGUGUGGAGGACAAAAGGUUAUCAUUCUUGUUACACUUGCAAUGAUGAACCAUAUUCAAAAGCUUUGGAAAGUAAAAUUGGAUUUAUUAACCAUCAAGCUUAUUCACCUAGGGACCAUUGUUGGCAACAUAGUCGGUUGCAUAAUGGUUUAUCAGAGAAACGGAAGAGAUCUUUAGAGUUACUGGUGGGAAAGAUACAUGAGCAGCUAGAUAGAAUGCCAAAUAUAAUUUUAGGAAAGCAUUCAAGUAACAAGAAGAUACAACUCAUUGGGGAGCCAAAUUGGUUAAAGGUAUGUAUUUCGUACAAGCUACCAUACGGAAAAAAUAAGAAACUUAAGCACAACAUUGAUGUCAUGCAUGUGGAGAAAAAUAUUAGUGAGAGUACUUAUGGUACUUUGUUGAGCAUUGAGGGGAAAAACAAGGACACAUACAAGGUAUGGAUAGACUUGCACGUUGCAUUUGAUACAAUGUCCUGA